GUGCUAGCAGCCGUGCUUCUAUGCUUCAGCUGCCCUCCAGCCGCUUUCAGCCCAGUGCCGCGCGGUGCCUUCAGAAGUUCCGGUGGCCAACUCCACACGAAGGCUUCGCGAGUGAUGGGCAGGAGCCAGGCCGAAGGGGCGCCUCAGCCGGAUCCGUUUGGUGGCUUCGGGGGCCACCACCGAGAGGGGCUUUUCACUGCGCUCGUGGCCGCUGCCUCCACUUUGGUCGUGUCAGCAAUUCAGGCGGUCACGCAGAUACAAUUGUGGGUCCCACCGUUCGGUGCCAUCGUCCUGAUAUUUGCUGCCGAGGCUGUCGCAGCAGCUAAGGCAGGGAAAAUCCUGUGCAGGAGGACAAUGUGGUCUCGUGGGCUGCGAGCCUGCAGUGGUGUUGCAGGUGCCUGCCUCUUCACCGUGGGGAUAUCGGAUCUGUUGGGCCACACUCCGGUGAUGCUGCGGGUGGUGGCCAUGUUUGCCGCAGCCUUUUCCAUGACCGUGAACCCCAGUGCAGGCUACUUCCCACCAGCAGGUGCUUUCUGUGCUAUCUACGUGGAGAAAGUCGUCACGCAUGGUCUCAGGCCAGGCCUCGGCUAUGCUUUCUUCCCCUGCGGCGUUGGGGUGGCCCUGCUCCUCAUCACGACGCGCCUGGUCACCUUCCUCAUGGCACAUCCGCUCUGGAAGAUGAAGAAGGUACAGACGAUUGUCGUUUUGUGGCUACGUCUUCUCACCGGACUUACCGCGGAAGAGGUGUACCGGCUUGAGGCUAAGCCUAUCCAAGAAAGUCCUGGCCAUCACUCGCUGAGCUCGAGGGCGAUACUGGGCGGCCGGACAAUGCUCCUCCGAUCGCACCUCAAGAGACAGAAUAGGCAGUGUGCUUACAAGCCCGACAUGCGAGAGACCCGCUUGGGCGCUAGACAGGAUCGCGUCCGAUGGCCCGAGUGGAAGUACGAUGUCAACACCGGCGCUUUGUACUGCAACAGCGAGACCUUGGCUCUUCUGCUGCCAAAUAUCCUCGACAUCGACAUCUUCAUGGCUCUGGCAUCGGCUAGGAGUGUGCACAGGCAAAUCUUCAAUUCCUUGGCUAUCAAGGCAGCCGUGCACUGUCUGUGGAUCGAGCUGAUCAGUGGCCCGGCACUGGGCAGUGUUAUGAGCGGCCCAAGUGCUACCACUGGCGUGAAUGUUCCAGGUCAGGGGACGGCUCCUUUACUGAACGGAGUCCAAGGCCCGGUGAGGGAGUUGGAUUUGGAUGGUGAGGUUUUUAAUGACUACUUCUUCGAGUACACCGAGUGUGCAGGCCUAGAACAGGUGUCUGUGACGCUGGCCGGGGAUGGUCGACAGAAUUGGUAUCGAACCCGUGGAGGCACACUUGUUGCACUUCAGUUGAUUGAGGAGUUAGAGGCGAGCAAGCUGAAGGAGCUUGAGACACAGGUCCACACUUUGGAGUGGAAAUUGACGGAGGUUGAGAAGCCACUUGACCCAACGACUGCUCUUAGGCAGUAUGGAAAGACUGGAAGUAGAAGGGAUGCCCUUAUGGCAGUUUUCUCGCAGCCCUAUUUAAGAGAGGUUCCACUUGAAGUGAAGUUGAGGUUAGUUGAGGAAAUACCCAGGAAGGGAGGCGCAGAAGGAAAAGGGCUUCUUAAGAGGCUUCCCUUGCCCCGAGCCGCGAGGAGGUCAUUGUUAGCAUCUCACCGGUGGAUUGUUCAGUUGUGUGGUGGACGAGAUGUUCCACAGGACCCUGUAAGAGUUCUGGGAAAGGCCAACGGUUGUGAGGUUGUGCAGAUUGAUCUUUUAAGAAAGGGCGGCAAGGGUUGGGAUCUAACCAAGCCCGAAGGGGUUUGGUCUGUCCUCUUGUGGGCAGCCAUAGAGGGGAGAAUUGCAUGUAUAACCUCCUCGGCGCCGAGACGCACCUGGCUAUCUUCGACUAAGGACCGAGGUGAGGAGCAACAGCAUGGUUCAGGGUUCUGGAGUUCGGAUGUCGGUGAUGAAAGGGUAUUCAAGGAAACCUUGUUGUUGGUUCAGGAUAUGUUUUUGUGGUCGCUCGCUUCAGUUUUCAGGGGUGGAGGGAUACCCCUGAUAAAGGAGUUCUGUUCUGGAAACGAUAGGGAGAUGAACGGAAAGGGUUUCUGGAACACUGAUUCAUGGCACAAUUUUGAGCGAUGGGCAGGUGUCAAGGCGGGUCAGGUACCCGUUCAUGCGGAUGGACAAGAGAAUGCCUUUCAUGUGUUUGUCGGAACUAAUCUUGAUCUCCCAGGAAUGAAGCCUGUAGGAGGGUCCGGGUGUAAAGGGUCUACCGGAAACUGGCCCCUUGGUUUUAGGGCUAUGAUUGGGAAGGCAUUAACGGGGACCCUUCCAGUUGAGAGUCUUGAGGUUCUUGAUGAGAGAAUUUCGGAAGGGUUAAGAAUCUCAGUUGGAGCGAAGUAUGCCGCUGGAGCAAUAAGGGCAGCGGAGCGUGAUCUCUCUCCUGCUGAAGUUGAGGGCUGGAAAGCCCAUAUAGCCCAUGGGCAUGUCCCUUACAGGAGGGAUUGUCUUCAUUGUGUGCAGGGUUCUGGUCUGGGAAUACAACAUAGGAGAAUUAAACAUCCUUCCUCCUACUCCUUGAGUAUCGACCUUUUCGGUCCGAUGACUACAAGUGAAAAGGGCCAAGACGAGGAAGCGGUGUCAGGAAUAGCUCAAAUUAAGUAUGGCUUGAUGGGUGCGUUUAGGGUACCAAGGGAAGUAUUGAAAAGGGAAAAGGGUGAAGGUCUUGAGCCGGAUUCAAAGGAUAACGAGGCUGAACCUAUGGAACCACUUGAGGACCUUGCUGAAUAUGAACCCUCCUUACCUGAUGAAGGGAUAGGAUUGGGUUCCCCUGUUCUUGAGGAUAUAGAAGAUUUGUUUGAGUCGUCAGAAGCUGGAGCGCGGGCCUUUGCUUUACAUGACGAUUCAGAGGAUCCUUUACCGUGGAAGGAUGAGAAGAUUCCUACAAAUGAGGAGGAGCUUCAGGAGUAUCUUAAAGGGUUGAGGGUGCCACCAGAUCAGGCUGUGUUACGUUUUUUCAUCGGCCUCAAGUCGAAGACGGGGAUUGAUGUUACCUCGGGUAUUCAGAAGAUGAUAUUGACGAUUAUGAAGCAGUUUCCAGUGAGGAAUCUGCAUUGCGACCCGGGAACUGAAUUCACGUCGGAUGUUUUGAAGAGGUGGUUAUCGGACCAGAAGAUCACCCUGCAGCAUCCUCUACCAGCAGAUAAACAGGCCAACGGGCUGGCGGAGAGGACGAUUGGCUGGAGUAAGGCGCGGGCUCGUACGCUACUGAGUGCUACAGGAGUGCCUACUCAGUUUUGGCCACUGGCGAUCCGCUACGCUUGUGAAACGCACAAUAGAGUUGAAAGAGGAGAACCACCCCUCCCGGCGUUUGGACAACAAGUAUUUCACAAACUUAAGAGAACCCCGACUUCUACGAAGGAGCUUAUGAGGAGGUGGGUUAUGACGAGGUACUUAGCCCCUCACCUAACGGUACCAGGAGGUCAUGUGCUUCUUACUGACCAAGGAACACUUGUGGCUUCGAAAGGGUUCAGAGUUGGGUUGGUUGAUCCCGAGAUUAUAGAACAGGCUAGACCACCUCCCCUACAAGAACUCGAGACUGAGGAAGAUGAGGCAGAGGAUCUUCUUGAAGGGGUACCCGGGGUUCCAUUGAAAAGGGUUAGGGGGAAAACUUCGGUCAAGACGGUUGAGUUUGAGGAUUUCGGAAGUGAAGAGUUGGAAGGUAUCUCUUGGAGGUUGAUUCAGGAGGAGGAUUACUCGCAACAGGGCUUUAGUAUUGUGGCGCGGAAGCUACAACAGUGUGAGGCAGCGGCGAGCGGUGGACGCAAGGUUGACCUUGGGGAAAGGUUUGUAUUUGGAGCUUAUUGUCAUGGAGGACUACGAGGGAUAACCUCUUUGACGACUCGGCGUCCUUGGACAGCUAGCUAUUUCACAGGCUAUUUGAGGAGGCACUGUGAGUGUAGAGAAGAUGCAAGAUGGUCGUCCAUCAUGCUCAUGAAUGCUUCAGAGGUUGAGCCUCAUCGGGAUUUCAGGAAUGAGUGGGGAACCAAGAAUUUUGUUGUGUAUGUUCCAGGUGGUUUUGAGCUUCGAGUUGCUUCAGAUCAGGAGGAGAAAGUGGCGGUUCAGGGUUUGGGUGAUAAGGCUGUUUCGUUUGAUCCAAGGAAAGUUCACAGUGUCAGGUGUGACCCUGGAUGGUUUUUGGCCGCAUAUACUCCUCUGGGAGCAAGUAAAAUUGAGUUUGAAAAGAAAGAGGUGCUGUGCAACCUCGGCUUUGGUUUCUUUGAGAAAGGCUUUGAUGCACGCGUAUGUGUUGUGUCUUCUAAUGACGUAGGGUCCUCGAGUGAUAACCAGACCGAUCCCAGAGGGGAAGGUUCAGGUAGGGACCCUGGUCGAGUAGAUUUGACCAUUGAUGAGCAACCAGACAGCGUUACGCCGCUUAUUGGUUGGGAUUUAACUAGAGGAGAUGAACCUCCUACUGUGUUUGAGGAGGUUGAUCUAGCAGCUUACCUUGAAGAGCGAGGUGUAGCUAGUGAACUUGGAAGGCUGGCUGAGAUUGGGGUUCAGGAGGCGGUUGAUCUGCAGUUUCUCUAUCUUGAGGACCUUGUAGAGGCUGGAAUUCCAGAAGUGAGUGCUAGACGAAUCAUGUUUGGGGUUCAUCCUGAAGGAACUGUAAGGCCAGAUGAACCAUCCAAUUGUGCCCUAAGGACGGGGGAAGUGAGGCUUUUUGAUCGUGCUCAAAGACAGAUUCCUUGGGUGAUUCAGAAUAGGACCCUGGAUUUCAGUCGACCUCCCCCGCCAGUUCAGGGAAUAGGGAUGAAUGAGGAUCUUGAGGUGCACCCUCACCCAGGGCACGAGUUGUUUUGGGGACCCAACGGGCCAGUUGACUUCGAUGGAGGAACCGAGCAUGAACCACCAGCUCCCACUGAGAUCAACCCCGAUCUUCCAGAGGAAUCCACUGCAUCACGGGUCAUACCAAUGGUUGUAGACAGUUCGAAUGAUCCACCUUGCGGUUCGGAUGAAGUUCCAUACUCAGUGAGUUUCUCUAAGUUUGCGUUUAAUAAUACCACUGAGGAAAUGAUGAGGUUACAGUCAAUAUGGGAUGCUUUUGAUGAGGAGGAGACUCAGUAUGAGACUCAUGUUUCUUCUGGGUCGCAUCAGGCUCAGGAGGAGGUUGUUGGGUCAAAUGAGGCCCUGGGCACUGGAGAGCAAGUUUCUGGUGUGGUUGGCGUAGAGCCAGAACAUUCUAGUCCCGCUGAGAUCACCGAUCUUCCGGAGGAAUCCACUGCAUCACGGGUCCAUGGGUAUAGCUGUAGGGCUUUUGUCGUGGGGGGGGUCGUUGAUGGCGUAGAAUCUUCUCCAGGUCAGUCAUGUGAAGGUGGGACGUCAAGUGAGGGAAGCCAGGUAAUAGGAGUUCCGGUAGCUAACCCCAUUGCCGUCUUUGCUGAGGGCGUUAGGGUACAGGAUUGGAAGAAUGAAGAUGCUUGUGAUCUUGGGGUUAAGAAGGUUGAUGAUUCCUUUUUUACUCCAAAUGUUGAGGCUUUGCUCAGUGAGCUAAAGGCACCAUUGAAGGUUGUACAUAACGUUUCUCCCUCAGAAGUUAGGCUGUCCCUUGAAAAAUGGAAGCAAGCAGCCCUCACCGAAGUUACAGCGUUGGAGGGUAUGAAUGCCAUAGUCCGACUAAAGGGACCAGAGGCUGCGAAGGAAGCGCAAAUUCCAGGAACUCAAGUGUUACCGGCCAAAACAGUCUUUACAGUCAAGCCAGGCUCUGGAGACAACUACUUUAGAAGGAAGUGUCGGGUUGUUGGCUGUGGUAAUUUUGAGGAAAGGGGAUCGGAUUUGGAUUUAUAUGCCGGGGGUAUACCGGCUGAUGCGCUACGUGCAUUGCUUAUUGAGGCUUCUUCUCGUGGGUAUUUGGCGUUUGUCCUUGAUGUAUGUAAUGCUUUUCUGUUGGCUCCUAUACCGGAGGGAGCUAAGAAUCGUAUAUUACUACGUCCCCCGCGUAUUCUGGAGCAGAUGCAGAUUACCGCAGAGGGAGAACUUUGGCGCAUUGAGCGCGCUGUAUACGGAUUGAGGCAGAGUCCCAAAUGGUGGGGUGAUUUCCGUGACAAUAAAUUGAGGACUUCAUCUUGGAUUGGUGAUAAAGGAAGGACUCGGUUUGUUCAGUCUGCAGUCGAGGGAAAUGUCUGGAAGAUCACUACCGAGUCGGGCGAAGUGGUAGGGUUCGCAAUUAUCUAUGUCGAUGAUAUUAUGCUGUUGAGUACUCAGUCUGAAGCUGAGAAGGCUUACAGCUGGAUAAGGGAGCAGUGGAAGUGUACUCCUCUGCAACGGGCUGAGGAAGGUCAGCCCGUGACGUUCCUUGGAGUGGAUGUUUAUAUGGGGCGAGACGAUCAAGGCAACACUGGAUUCAUGUUAUGCCAGAGUGGAUAUAUCCAAGAACUGCUGAGGUGCUAUUCCAUAGCACCAAAGAUCCGAGCGGCACCUGUGCCAAAGGAAUGGUUCAAGGACAUGCCUGAAGCCGAGAACUAUACACAAGAGGAGCUGCGGAACGCUCAGAAGAUAACAGGGGAACUGUUGUGGGUCACGCAGCGAUCGAGAGCAGAUCUGGCUUACGCUGUGGCGUUGAUGGGUUCGUGGACGGUGCGAGCACCGAAGGUGGUGAGAAAAGUUGGUAUGCGCCUACUGGAAUAUUUGGGUGCUACUUGUGAUUACAAGUUGUCAUUGAUUCCAACUGCCAAUGCCUAUGAGGGCGUGACUGUCUUCUCUGAUGCAUCCUUUGCUCCGUACGGCUGCAACUCGGUAACCGGUGUCCUGGUGACAUUCAGGAACAGGGCUGUGUUGUGGAAGGGGAAAAGACAAGGGUUGAUUUCCCUUUCAACGGCAGAAGCAGAGCUUAUUGCAGGGUGUGAGGCAGUAGUGCUAGCUCAGAGUUGCGAAGCGCUUCUUAAUGAUUUGUGUGGAAGGUUGGAAGUUAAACGGUUGCAGGUCGAUAACCUUGCUGCUAUAGUGAUAGCAGAAGGGGGUGGGUCGCAGAGAACGCGACACCUACGGGUGCGAGCAAACUUCGUUAAGGAUCUCCUUGAUCGGAAUGAAAUCAGGGUAGAGCACUGCCCAGGGGAUGUUCAACUUGCAGAUAUCUUUACUAAAAUACUCCCUGGAUCUAGGCAUGAGUAUUUGAGCAGAUUGAUUGGGCUUGGUCCGGAGGUAGUUAGUUCCAAGGUAGCAGCCGUGACAGCCAGGGCGAGUCAGAACCCGACAUCCUUGCACCGUGCUGCGAAGGCAUUGAUGGUGAUGAUUAUCUUGCAGCAGGUAUUGGAGUGUGAAUCUGUUAAUGAUGAUGAAGAAGGGGGUGAGCCCCUGAACAUUGAUCUUUAUGUACUGGUUUUAUUGUUGACCUUCAGUGUUCUGUUUGUCUGGGAAUCAGGAAAGUACUGUUUGAGUGGUGUGUGCCGUAGGAAUGUUGAUGUUGAACCCAGUGUUAGAAUGGUUAAUGAUGAGGAUGAUGAAUCCCGACUUAGACGAGGCAGAAGGCAGGAGGCAGUCAGGAGGGCAAUUGAAAAGGAAUCUGAAGGGCUUAGGAAGCGUUUGGGUAGAGAAGAGGGAUUUGAAGUAGCCCCUCCUCUAGUUACUGUACAGGUAGGCUCAAAUGCUACUCCUUUAGCUCCACCUCCACCUCCACCGAUUCCUCCGGAUCCACCAGUUGAGUACAGGACUGGAUUUAUGUCCUGUACCAAGUCCCAGUCCGGUGCUAGCUCCUCCACAGCCAUCGAGGGUGGUUACGCAGCUAGCUCUGGGAACCGAAGAGAGGUAGCAACACAGACCGACGGUCCAAGGGGAUUGUCACAUGAGGAGAUGUGCGGGCUAGAAAUGAUAACCUCUAGCUCUAAGAUUCCAGGAGCCUUGCACAUCUUUCCCGACUGUCAUGCGUUGAGGAACGUUUCAAGUACUAAUAGGCGUAUGAUUUGCAAGUACUGUUUGAACUCCUUAAGACACCGGCACUCUGUUGGUUGA